GGCCCCGCGCUUUCCUUUUCCGGUUGCAGCGCCGCGCGGUGAGGAGCUCUUAAGCCGCCAGCCAUGCCGUCCAAGGGGCCUCUGCAGUCCGUGCAGGUCUUCGGACGCAAGAAAACCGCCACAGCCGUGGCGCACUGCAAACGGGGCAACGGCCUCAUCAAGGUGAACGGGCGGCCCCUGGAGAUGAUCGAGCCGCGUACGUUGCAGUACAAGCUUCUGGAACCUGUUCUGCUUCUGGGGAAAGAGCGGUUUGCUGGUGUGGACAUCCGAGUCCGGGUGAAGGGUGGUGGCCACGUGGCCCAGAUUUAUGCAAUCCGCCAGUCCAUCUCCAAAGCCUUGGUUGCGUAUUACCAGAAAUAUGUGGACGAGGCUUCUAAGAAGGAAAUCAAAGACAUUCUCAUCCAGUAUGACCGAACCCUGCUUGUAGCUGACCCCCGGCGCUGCGAGUCCAAGAAAUUCGGUGGCCCCGGUGCCCGUGCUCGCUACCAGAAAUCCUACCGAUAAGCCCACCUCCAGGAAGGGGCUCUACCUUUAUAAUAAACAGAAGUUCUGGGAA